UAACACAACGUAAAGGCCUUGGAUUUAAUUCCCAGUACAAGAGAGUUUUGUGUAAUAAAGACCUCUUUGGUUGUGGUUCAGUGGAAAUGAAGAGCAGAGGAUAAUUCAGAGGAGCUUAAGGAAGGCAGAGUAGGAGACUGCAAUGCCUCGCCUGCUGGUGGUGCACACGCUUGCGGCGAGCCUCUGAGCCCCAAGGAUGAAGGCAGCAGUGUAUCCAGGCUUCCUCUGUGAAGUGUGGCAGGGUGAGGAUGUGCGAGUGAUCUGGCUGUAACAUCUCCCAGCCCACUGAUCGCCAGGGGCAGCUGGGCAGGGUCUCACAGCUCCACGCGUGUCCCUCCAGGAGCUGAAGCCCACCCCCGAGAGGGGGCUGCUUCCAUGGUCAGGGUGCACAAGCAGCUGAGCUUCCCUGCUAAGACUGCCAAACAAGCUCUCAAGGUCCAGAAUUAGGGUGCCCAGUGAAUUGAGGAAAAUACCCUGUGGGGAAGGUCUACACAGCGGGUGCAGGAGUUCCCGGCCUCCAGGGCUGCCACUGCCAGUUCCUCACCCCAUGGGCUGCAGGAGUAGGGCUUCCUUACCUGGGGCGAUUUUCUUUAUCUCUGGGCUUAAGAUUCUUUUGUGAGCUGAGGGAGUUAGGUUCGUAUCUAAGGUCCCUGUAAAUCCACAGCUACUGUAGCCAGGACCUUGAUUAACUCUUUGAUCGUUAAUUCUGAUGAGAUACUGCUAGCCAGGCAUGGUAGCCCCAACACUCAGAAGGCUGAGGCAGGAGGGUCACUGUAAGUUCAAAGACAGCCUUUCUGUGUGUCUGUCUCUCAAGACACGAUUUUGUAGGAGUCGGAGCUGGGUUCUCAGUCUAGCCCACAAGCCCUCUGAUGUCUGCAGUUUCCAAGCCAGGAUUCAGUUAAGCUCUAUGUCACUGCGAGAGCGCUGGCUCCAGUUCCGUGGGACGCUGGCCAAACUGGGCUUCGGCCCCACAGGGAUGCUGCGGGCGGGCGCAGCGCGCCGGCUCUCCAGGAUCCCAUGUUCGUUUCAGGGCUGGACUUUGGGAGCCGGUGUGCCAGGCCCGGCCAGGAAGCCCGACUUUGAGGGCGAACCCCGCCUGCAGAGCAGGCCCCGCCCCAGUUAGGCCCCGCCCCGUGGUGGGCAGGGUCUUCGGUAGCGGGAACCCGGGUCCCGCCUCUCAUUCUCGUCCUCGCCCUUGCCAUGGCUCCCGCGCUGCUGCUGGUGCCCGCUGCCCUGGCCUCUUUCGUGCUGGCCUUCGGCACCGGAGUGGAGUUCGUGCGCUUCGCGUCCCUGCGGCCGCUCCUCGGAGGGGCCCCGCAGGCUGUCGGCCCCGGUCCCCGCCAGGGAUGGCUUACAGCCCUGCAGGACCGCACUGUCCUGGCCUCCCUGGCUUGGGACUUGGGGCUUCUCCUGCUGUUUGUCGGGCAGCACAGCCUUAUGGCCACCGAAGCAGUGAAGGCAUGGACAUCCCGGCACUUUGGGGUCCUCCAGAGGUCUGUGUAUGUGGCAUGCACUGCCCUGGCCCUGCAGCUGCUGAUGCGGAACUGGGACGCCGUGCCCAGAGGCCCGGUGCUGUGGGAGGCUCGGGCGGAGCCAUGGGCCACCUGGGUGCCGCUGCUCUGCUUCGUUCUCCACGUCAUUUCCUGGCUGCUCAUCUUCAGCAUUCUUCUCGUCUUUGACUACGCUGAGCUCAUGGGCCUUAAGCAGGUGUACUACCAUGUGUUGGGGCUGGGUGAGCCUCUCGCCCUGAAGUCUCCGCGGGCCCUGCGGCUUUUUUCCCACCUGCGCCACCCGGUGUGCGUGGAGCUGCUGACAGUGCUGUGGGUGGUGCCCACCCUGAGCACCGACCGCCUGCUUUUUGCCCUCCUCCUUACCCUUUACCUGGGCCUGGCUCACGGGCUGGACCAGCAAGACCUCCACUACCUCCGGGCUCAGCUCCAAAGGAAACUCCACCUCCUCUCUCAGCCCCAGGAUGGGGUGGAGGAGUGAGGCGCUACAAGCCCUGUUCCUCCUCUCCCUCCUCGGAGUCCAAGGCUCCCCCCACACACACCUGUAAUC